UCUUUAAGCGCUCUCCUCCCUUCAGCUCUCUCUCGCUUCUCUCUUUCUUUUUCACCGGCGGCGGAGCGCACCGGCAGCGCUGGACUGUCCGUUUACAGCUCACCGGGUUUUCAGAUAGUGACCGUAAAUUCAGGAGACCGUCACCAUGGGGAUUAAGUUCUUAGAGGUUAUAAAACCGUUCUGUGCGGUUUUGCCAGAAAUCCAGAAACCAGAAAGAAAGAUCCAGUUCAGAGAAAAAGUGCUAUGGACUGCCAUCACAUUGUUCAUCUUUCUUGUUUGCUGUCAGAUCCCACUGUUUGGGAUCAUGUCUUCAGACUCCGCAGAUCCAUUCUACUGGAUGAGAGUCAUCUUGGCAUCCAACAGAGGUACUCUGAUGGAGUUGGGUAUCUCUCCCAUUGUGACCUCUGGUCUGAUCAUGCAGCUGCUGGCUGGAGCUAAAAUCAUUGAGGUUGGAGACACACCAAAAGACAGAGCGCUUUUCAAUGGAGCCCAGAAAUUGUUUGGUAUGAUCAUCACCAUUGGUCAGGCUAUUGUCUACGUCAUGACUGGAAUGUAUGGUGACCCUUCAGAGAUGGGUGCUGGCAUCUGUCUGCUGAUCAUCAUUCAGUUGUUUGUGGCCGGUAUGAUCGUGUUGCUGCUGGAUGAGUUGUUGCAGAAGGGUUACGGAUUGGGCUCUGGUAUCUCUCUCUUCAUCGCCACCAACAUCUGUGAGACAAUCGUAUGGAAGGCGUUCAGCCCAACCACAGUCAACACAGGAAGAGGUACUGAGUUUGAGGGAGCCAUUAUUGCUCUGUUCCACCUGUUGGCCACUCGUACCGAUAAAGUGCGAGCACUGAGAGAGGCCUUCUACAGACAGAACCUGCCCAAUCUCAUGAACCUCAUCUCUACAGUCUUCGUCUUUGCUGUGGUCAUAUACUUCCAGGGCUUCAGAGUUGACCUGCCUAUCAAGUCUGCACGUUACCGUGGCCAGUACAACACCUAUCCCAUCAAGCUGUUCUACACCUCCAACAUUCCCAUCAUCCUGCAGUCUGCUCUGGUCUCUAACCUCUACGUCAUUUCUCAGAUGCUCUCCACCCGCUUCAGUGGAAAUUUCCUGGUCAACCUACUGGGGACUUGGUCUGAUGCCACAUCUGGUGGUCCAGCCCGUGCCUACCCUGUAGGUGGUCUGUGUUACUAUCUGUCUCCUCCGGAAUCAUUUGGUUCUGUGCUUGAUGACCCAGUCCAUGCAGUGAUCUACAUUGUAUUCAUGCUCGGAUCCUGUGCCUUCUUUUCUAAGACCUGGAUUGAAGUUUCUGGAUCAUCUGCCAAAGAUGUGGCCAAGCAGCUGAAAGAACAGCAGAUGGUGAUGAGGGGACACAGAGAGACCUCCAUGGUUCAUGAACUCAACAGGUACAUCCCCACAGCGGCUGCAUUUGGUGGACUGUGUAUCGGAGGCCUUUCAGUAAUGGCUGACUUCCUGGGAGCCAUCGGUUCUGGAACAGGGAUCCUUUUGGCUGUUACCAUCAUCUAUCAGUACUUUGAAAUAUUUGUUAAGGAACAGAGUGAAGUUGGCAGCAUGGGAGCGCUACUCUUCUAAACAAAGACACUCACCAAACACGCACAAACAUACUUGCUGACACAUUAUAAAACACUUUUAUUUUUUAUUGUUGUCAUUUUUUUAUUUCAGUGAGAUUUAAAAUGGUCUGUCACAAGUGCUGUCUUGGGAGAAUGCUAGUUCCAGCUGAGGGUGUUGUCCUGUUUGUCAGAAGUGGCAAAACGCUUCUAAAAUUCAGUGAUGAAGCUGAACUUCAGUGAUGGUACUGCAAAGAUGGACUCUGGGAGCUCUGAUUAGGAAUAUUCAGGAGUUUUCCCUUCUCAGUCGGUCCUUCCUCUGUCUUCACGCGUCACUGAAUUCCUUCAUUCACCCUUAUGUUUAUUUUCUUGUCUGAUCCUAGUUAUGCCAGGUAUAAAGGAUUUUCCAGAAAGUAUUGCUAAUGUUGAGUGAUUGACUUGUUUUACACUUGACACUUCCAAGUUUGACUCCAUACACACAAACUGUUUCUAUUACGUCUUGAUUAUUUUUUCCAAAAAUAGCUGUUAGGCUCACUCUGACUCCUCAUACUGAAUUUAAUCAUACAGAAUGUGAUGGUUUAGAUUUGGCAAAAGAUCUGUCAGCAGAAUAGCUUGUCAGUUUUAAACAAGGCAACAUUACAACAGAGGAAAUGUAAUGCACAGUGUGGCACCAGUGGCGCGCGCGCGCGCGUGUGUGUGUGUGUGUGUGCGCUCAUUUACGCUGGAAUCCUUUUGUACAGAAAACAUCUUACACAGUAGGCUUAAAGGAUUUUCUGUUUUUGAAAGUGCUCGGUCUAUAGUGAGAGCUUGGUUGCAGACAGAACUGGUUACACCUGAAGUCUGUUUGCAUUGAAAACUCAGCCCUUGUUACUGUAUCAUUGAGUGUCUGUAUAUAUGACAUUUAAAUGCAGUGCGCAACAGUGUAAAA